AUGCCGUCGUCUGGGGACUCGUCGAGCGGUUCCCGUCGCUUCUCGCGCCCAAAGUUACGCCAAGCGACUUUUGUCUUACCGAAGACUGGUCAGCGUCUAAAAGGUCUGGUCAAUUUGCGAAAUGCAUAUACCUCCCCCGAUUCCAGUGCGAAUUCAAAUUCGGAACUCGACGAGCGACGCGGGCUCCUUUCCGGUGACAUCGCAUAUAACAACGAAGGAAUAGUCUCAAGAAUUCGCACGAAAUUUCGGGAUGGAUGGCUUCUGGUGUACGAGUUUCUAUCUUCGGAACUGGGAAUUGGCGUCUUGAAGUGCAGUCUGGCCUACCUACUAGGAUCUCUGGCGACCUUCAUUCCUGCAAUAGCGUCUUUCCUAGGCCAGCAGGAUGGAAAACAUGUCGUGGCUACUGUCACCGUCUACUUUCAUCCAGCGAGGUCGCAAGGAAGCAUGUACAAGGCGUCAAUAUGUGCGUUUCUGGCCUUCCUCUACGCCGCCUUCGUCUCCAUCACGAGCAUGGGCGUUUCGAUGUUCUUCCAAGAUACGCUGCAUUUGCUCCCUAUCGGACAUGCACUAGUGCUCAUUGUGUUCUGUGGAGGUGGUCUUGGGUUCAUUGGAUGGACGAAGCAGAGACUAAGUGACCCGUUGGUCAAUGUUGCCUGCUCGUUGACCUCGCUUGCGACAAUCACGGUUUUGACCAAGGAGGGUGCCGUUCAGAGCGGCGACCUGUCUCUUGCCAAAGUUUCCCAGGUCCUGAAAAUGGUUAUUCUGGGUGUGGGUGCCACCAUGGCCGUCUCGCUUUUGAUCUUCCCGGUUUCAGCAAGAAAGAAACUCCGGUCGAAUCUGACUACAGUUACCGAGUCGCUAGCGGUUAUGCUAGGGGUGCUUACGGAGAGCUUCCUGAGUGGGUCUGAUGAAGAGUUACAGUCCGCUGAGUUUGUCAAUGCAGCUGCACGUCACAAACAGGCCUACAGUCAGCUUGAUAACCUGGUGAAAGAGGCCAAGCUUGAGCACUAUGUCGCCGGCACCGAGAAGGAGUACAGACUUGAGAAGAACGUCGUCCGUCUGUUGCAAGAUAUCACUCACAAUAUGGGAGGUUUACGCAGUGCUGCUGUCCUGCAGUUCCAGCUUCUCAAACAAACCAGGCUUGGUGAAUCGAUGCAGCUCCGGAGCCCAGAGGGCGAUUCAAGCGGAAACGGUCAACUUCCUUUGCCAAGUCCAUGGAUAUUGCACGACGAGCGUUCAUUUCUGGAGCCUAUUGAUGAAAGGCCAGAGGAAGAAGUAUCUUCCCCUGGUAGCUCUCGUAGAAAGCAAUCAAGUCUGAACUCGCUGGAUAGUUACCGUCUCCCGCACGCAGACAUUUUUGCAUUGUUCAUAAACCACUUGGGACCCUCUAUGCGCUCUCUCGCUUUUACAUAUAUGGAGAUCUUCAAAGAAAUCCCUUUCGGUCCCGGGCCAGACUACCGCGUUUGCAUCAACAGCAGAUUUCAUACGAGUCUCGACCGUGCACUCGAACUCUAUAAGGAAUCGAGAGAAAGCGCUCUCAAAUCUAUCUACCGCCAGAAGGAAGUAAUGAAGAUACGGACCGUCGAGCUGUCAGCUGACCUUGAGGAAGUUUCUGCAAGUUGCGGUCACUUCAGUUUUUCACUUCUCUCAUUCGGUGAAGAGCUGCAGGAGCUCUUGACAAUUCUGGAUGAAUUGCACCUCGAAGCUGACGAGAGGCCCACCGGACGGUCUUGGAACUGGCUGAAGUUCUGGCGUCAAAGAGGACCUGAGACGGGUGAUGGAAAUGAACUUGAUGCGGAACAGGCAUUGAUUGGGAACCCCACGGUUACAAAUGGCGUAACUACUGGGCCGUCCAAACCAUCCGCUUCGUUACCUCCUAGUCUCGAAAACUCCCCCACAAAAGAACGAUUGGGCUAUCGCAUUUGGAAGUCAUUUGGGUUCUUCCGACGGGACGAUACAAAAUUUGCGAUCAAAGUUGGGACUGGUGCAGCUCUCUAUGCCUUGCCCUCGUUUGUUUCCUAUACUCGGCCUUUAUACUCUCAUUGGAGAGGUGAAUGGGGUUUGUUGUCCUACAUGUUGGUAUGCUCGAUGACCAUCGGCACAUCGAACACCACCGGGUACGCCCGUUCGUUUGGUACCUUUCUUGGAGCGGCCUGUGCCGUGGCAGCAUGGUACGCGACUUCCGGGAAUGUAUAUGGACUGGCGGUAUUGGGCCUGUUGAUGGCGACUUGGACGUCAUACCUAAACAUUGUCAAAAAACAGGGACCAAUGAGCCGAUACAUCAUGCUCACCUACAACCUCUCCGUUCUAUACGCCUACUCACUGAUGCAGAAAGAGGCCCUCGACGAUGAUGACGAAGGAGGAGAUAACCCAGUUAUUACCGACAUUGUCCUUCAUCGCGUCGUCGCAGUCCUAUCCGGAUGCGCCUGGGGUGUCAUCAUCACACGGGUGAUCUGGCCAGUCAGUGCUCGUGCGAAAUUGAAACACAAUCUGAGCUUUCUCUGGCUCCGGAUGAGUUUGAUCUGGAAACGGGAUCCUCUGUCUACCAUGGCUAUGGAACGGAGGUUGGAGGCAUAUAUGAGUCCGCGAGAAAAGUUGGAAAUUGAACGAUUCCAAUCUCAUCUGGAAUCUCUUCAAGCUGCAGCUCGUUCCGAGUUUGAGCUGAAGAGUGCCUUUGCCGACGCUUCCUACGGUAAUAUUCUCCGUCGUACCCGGAGCAUGAUGGACGCAUUCCACGCAAUGAAUCUGGAGUUAGUGAAGAGUUGGAAUGUUUCUGAGGGCGAGAUUUCUAUUCUUCGGUACACGGCCCAGGAGAGGAAGCAUCUGUCGUCCCGCAUCAGCCAUCUUCUGUCAGUUAUGGCUUCAUCUAUGAAACUAGAAUAUCCGCUCGUCGAUGUUCUCCCCAGCAUAGAGCAUGCACGAGACCGGCUGCUCGCCCGGAUCUUCCGAUAUCGCCAGGAUCAGGAAGUGUCGCGUGUCUCGACUGACGAGGACUAUGCGCUGAUUUAUGCCUACAUUCUGGUGACAGGCCAGUUGUCGAUGGAGAUCGUAGAGGUGUUGGGCGAAAUCGGGAAGCUGUUCGGCUUGCUGAACGAAGAUGCCGUCCGAUUGCAGUAG